AUGGUUCGGCCGCGCUCAGCGAGACCCGCGCGCGCGUUCGCUCGCGCUGGAAGGUUCAUCCCGCUCUGCGUCGAUCUCGCUCCCGCGGUCGCCGCUGGUGCCCUUAUCGUCGCUCCGGACACCGCGGUCGCACUCAGAGCGCUCGCGGGCGUCGUCCUCGCGGCGUGCGCGGCAUCGUUGGCGUUCGGACGCUCGUCACCGAGCUCGGCGUUCGCGCGUGCGUCGAGAACGCACGGACGCGGACGCGUCGUUUGGAUUACGGGCGCCACGCAAGGUCUCGGUGAGGCGAUGGCGAUGCGGUACGCCGAGCUCGGGGCGACGGUGAUCGCGUCGGGGCGAGACUUGGAGCGGUGCGAGGACGUCGCGACGCGGUGCCGACGCGCGGGCGCGUCGAGCGCGCACGCGGUGGCGUUCGACGUCUCGGGGACGCGUGAAGAGAUCAAUGAGGCGACGAGGAAGGCUUUCGCGGUCGCGAACGGCGUGGAUGUGUUCGUGCACUGCGCGGGUGGGAGCCAAGCCGCGAGCGCGUUGGACGGCGACGACAACACCGGAGAAGUCGAUCGAGCGCUGUUUCAGUUGAACGCUCUGGGCGCGAUCGCGAUCACGAAGGAGGUCGCGAAGGCGAUGGUGAAUAACAUUCGGUCGGGAGGUGAUUCGUCGAGAUCGUCAUUCGCGCCGACGAUCGUGGGGGUGUGCAGUGCGGCGUCAAAACUCCCGGCUCCCGGGCAGGCGGUGUACGCCGCGGCGAAGAGCGCGUACGCGGCUUUCCUGAACUCGCUCCGGAGCGAGAUCGCGGACACGGGCGUUCGAGUGACGUGCGCGUAUCCCGGUCCGAUCGCUACGGGGAUGAAUGGACAAGAGCGGGUGGUUUUUAGACGGGACAUGGCUUCGUCGUCGCCUUCGCCCGGCGCGGCGAAGAAGACAAAAUCCCACGCGCCCGACACCUCGAGCGCGUCGAAGAUAAAGGGAAGAAUGCCCGUCGACCGCGUCGCGAGGGACAUCAUCGCUGCCGCCGCCGUGGGUCACGAUGAGAUCGUGUUAGCGCCUCAACCAAUCAUGGCGCUCACGUAUUUCAUCCGCUUCGCGCCGACGUUGGCGUACGCCAUCCUCGACCUCGUCGGCCCCAAGCGCGCUCGCAAGGCGGACGCCGGCGAAAACAUGUACAUUUUAAAUGAAAAGUAA